UCACAAGGGUGGAUAAAGCAGCUAUCAUGACUUGGCUAUGUUUAGACAGACUGGGUUAAUGCAGGUUCAAGAUAGUUGUGUACUGUGUUGAUGUGCUGCUAAUGGAUCAGAUUUCACUACAUUCCUUUAAUCUGAGACCAUGCACUGCCAUCUUCAAGUGCAAUGAAGGAAGAACAGGAGCGAAUAAAAUAAAUUAAAACACUCUAUGGCUUUACUUUUCAGCAUCUUUUUGGCUCAUUAAAAGCACGUUAUUAGACAAGAAACGAUAUUAUAAGUAGAGAAACUUGACGUUCACGGUUUCCUGUGGGGAGUAUAUUCAUAGACGGAAAGUGAAACUACAGACGGUCAUUAAUACUCGUCGAUCUUCCUGGAAGCAAAAAGUGGUCGUCUGUCUUGACAAGCAAAUGGAGAACUCUUCACAUUUAGGUUUGAGCAGAUGACCAGAUACUCAGAAGUGCAGUUUAUGGUCAGCUCCUAUAGAUACACAUUAUUACAGAUACACGUUAUUUACAGACACUGCUCAAAUGUAUUGGUACGAGGCAUGUAGAAUUUUGUCUGGAGAAAUAAUAUUUGUAUAUGGCUAGCCCUCUGGAAGUGGAAGCGGCUUGCUUUAGAUAACUGAACAUCCUUUGGUCUGAACUUAAACCCAGAGAAGUGGAUUUAUUGAAAGCUAUCACUGCAGCCUGUGCCAACAUGGGGAACAUAUGGGAUUGUUGUGGACGAAAAAACCCUUGUGACCAUACAGAGGAUGAGACUAAAGGUUUACUGCACAGCUCUGAAUCAAAGACAUCAACUAAGACAGGAACGGAUGUCUGCACCAGUCCAACUUCAGAUGAAGAGCACAGGCAUGAAGAUGAAACAAAACCACAGCUGGGUGAAUCGGUUAUAACCAAACAGCCAAAUUCAAAGUCUCAAAUUCUUAAACCACAGAACUCUUACUCUACAACAAUAUCACUAUUACACACUGAAGUCUCUCUUGCUGUUGAAGUUAAUCCCAAUGUUUCUCCUGAAACGGCUCCAACAGAAACUAUAAUCUUAGCUACAGAACCACCAAAAACAGAGACUGAAAUCACUGAAGAAAUCCAAAACAUUGCAGCUGAAGUCUCAGAAGCACCUCAAGACGAAGCACUUGCGGAGAACGUUGCCUCAGUGAAAGGGGAGAUAGAGGCUCAGCACGGGUCAGUUGAAGAGGUAGACAUCACAGCUGCUCUGACAGAUAAUGCAGGUGCUACCGCAACAAGUUCAGACUCAACAGUCGCACCUGCUAUGGAGACACCUGUUAAGGAAGCACCUGUUCAAGAGGCAACUGCGCUUGCUCGGGUAGAAUCUGAGAAGAACUCCUCCCAACCAGAGCCAGAAACACACGUGGAGAUGAAUGUAGUUGAGAAGGAAAUUAUCCAAACUGAGGAACUAAAUCUGAAUGACACCAAUGAAGUGACACAUGAAGAGACUGGUCUCAAUGACACUGGGGAUAAUUCACUGAUGGACAACAGCAGCACAGAACCUGACUCAUGCUUUUUAGGUCAGUCUAAUGAGUUGGAUGUUAUUGAGAAAAGUGUAGCUGAAGUGACUGCUGAGGAACCCAUCAUUGAGCAAACAGAUGAAGUAGAGGACAAACGUUCAGAGGAUACUCAUUCUGAGAUGGCAGAACAGAAGCAAGUGACAUCUGAAGUUUCUCAAACUCAGGAACAUUCACUGGAAGCUUCAUGUCCAGAUGUGGAUAUUACCAAUGGACUCUCUCGUGCCAUAGAAAAUGGUCUAGUGAAGGACUCUGGAAGUCUGAAAGUUGAGAAUGAAAUAAAUGCUGAUGUCAUGGAGGUGGAAAAGCUGCCUCAAAAAGAAGACAUAGUCCAGGAAUCGAAUGAAGAAACCUUGGAAACUGAGAGUCAAGAGCAACUGUCAUCUAAACCCUCUACACAAACUGACAG